GAGCACCCAGACGGGGGCCCGCCGGGGCCGCGGCCAGCGCCGGGGAAACGCCGCCGCCGGGAGCAGCCAGCGCCCAGCCAGGACCCCCGCCUGCGCCGGCCUGGGCCCUUCCCCUGUGCACUCCGCUGCUUUUUACAUUUAAACCGAAGGGAAGGGAGAGGAGGGAAAGAUCCAUGUGGCUGCCCUCUUCCGAUCACAAAUAUUGUCGGGAAAGCUACUGGCCGGAAAGCGCCGCUGUGGCUGAGAGCGAAGUUUCAGAGACUCUUAUUUAAACUGGGUUGUUACAUUCAAAAAAACUGCGGCAAAUUCUUGGUUGUAGGCCUCCUCAUAUUUGGGGCCUUCGCUGUGGGAUUAAAGGCAGCUAAUCUGGAGACCAACGUGGAGGAACUGUGGGUGGAAGUUGGUGGACGAGUCAGUCGCGAAUUAAAUUAUACUCGCCAGAAGAUUGGAGAAGAGGCUAUGUUUAAUCCUCAGCUCAUGAUUCAGACCCCGAAGGAAGAAGGUACCAACGUUCUGACCACAGAAGCGCUCCGCCAGCACCUGGACUCGGCGCUCAAGGCCAGCCGGGUCCACGUAUAUAUGUAUAACAGGCAGUGGAAAUUGGAACAUUUGUGUUACAAAUCUGGAGAACUUAUCACAGAAACAGGUUACAUGGAUCAGAUAAUAGAAUAUCUUUACCCUUGUUUAAUUAUUACACCUUUGGACUGCUUCUGGGAAGGGGCCAAAUUACAGCCUGGGACAGCAUACCUACUAGGUAAGGCUCCUUUGCAGUGGACAAACUUUGACCCUUUGGAAUUCCUAGAAGAGUUAAAGAAAAUAAACUAUCAAGUGGACAGCUGGGAGGAAAUGCUGAAUAAGGCAGAAGUUGGUCAUGGUUACAUGGACCGGCCCUGCCUCAAUCCGGCUGAUCCAGACUGCCCCGCCACAGCCCCCAACAAAAAUACAACCAAACCUCUUGAUAUGGCCCUUGUUUUGAAUGGCGGAUGUCAUGGGUUAUCCAGGAAGUAUAUGCACUGGCAGGAGGAGCUGAUUGUGGGUGGCGCCAUCAAGAACAGCACUGGGAAGCUUGUCAGUGCCCGUGCCUUGCAGACCAUGUUUCAGUUAAUGACUCCAAAGCAGAUGUACGAACACUUCAAGGGCUACGAGGAUGUGUCGCACAUCAACUGGAACGAGGACAAGGCGGCGGCCAUCCUGGAGGCCUGGCAGAGGACCUACGUGGAGGUGAUUCAUCAAAGUGUCGCCCAGAACUCCACGCAGAAGGUGCUUUCCUUCACCACAACCACCCUGGACGACAUCCUCAAGUCCUUCUCGGACGUCAGUGUCAUCCGAGUGGCCAGUGGCUACUUACUGAUGCUUGCCUAUGCCUGUUUAACCAUGCUGCGCUGGGACUGCUCCAAGUCCCAGGGUGCCGUGGGGCUGGCUGGCGUCCUGUUGGUUGCACUGUCAGUAGCUGCAGGAUUGGGCCUGUGCUCAUUGAUCGGGAUUUCCUUUAACGCUGCAACAACUCAGGUUUUGCCAUUUCUUGCUCUUGGCGUUGGUGUGGAUGAUGUUUUCCUUCUGGCACAUGCAUUUAGUGAAACAGGACAGAAUAAAAGAAUCCCUUUCGAGGACAGGACCGGGGAAUGCCUGAAGCGCACGGGCGCCAGCGUGGCCCUCACCUCCAUCAGCAACGUCACAGCCUUCUUCAUGGCCGCACUCAUCCCAAUUCCUGCUCUGCGGGCCUUCUCCCUCCAGGCGGCUGUAGUAGUGGUGUUCAAUUUUGCUAUGGUUCUGCUCAUUUUUCCUGCAAUUCUCAGCAUGGAUCUGUAUCGACGUGAGGACAGGAGAUUGGAUAUUUUCUGCUGUUUUACAAGCCCCUGCGUCGGCAGGGUGAUUCAGGUGGAGCCCCAGGCCUACUCGGAGACUCACGCUAGCGCCCGCUGCAGCCCUCCGCCGCCCUACAGCAGCCACAGCUUCGCGCAUGAGACCCAGAUCACCAUGCAGUCGACCGUGCAGCUCCGCACGGAGUACGACCCGCACACGCACGUGUACUACACCACCGCUGAGCCGCGCUCCGAGAUCUCCGUGCAGCCCGUCACACUGACGCAAGACACGCUCAGCUGCCAGAGCCCUGAGAGCACCAGUUCCACGCGGGACCUGCUGUCCCAGUUCUCCGACUCCAGCCUGCACUGCCUCGAGCCCCCUUGUACCAAGUGGACGCUCUCCUCGUUUGCUGAGAGGCACUAUGCUCCUUUCCUCUUGAAACCAAAAGCCAAGGUCGUGGUGAUCCUCCUUUUCCUGGGCUUGCUGGGGGUCAGCCUUUAUGGGACCACCCGAGUUCGCGAUGGGCUGGACCUUACAGACAUUGUGCCUCGGGAAACGAGAGAAUAUGACUUUAUUGCUGCACAGUUCAAAUACUUUUCUUUCUACAACAUGUACAUAGUCACCCAGAAAGCGGACUACCCGAAUAUCCAGCACUUACUUUACGACCUUCACAAGAGUUUCAGUAACGUGAAGUAUGUCAUGUUGGAGGAAAAUAAACAGCUUCCCAAAAUGUGGCUACACUACUUCAGAGACUGGCUUCAAGGACUUCAGGAUGCAUUCGACAGUGACUGGGAAACUGGGAAAAUCAUGCCAAACAAUUACAAGAAUGGAUCCGAUGAUGGAGUCCUUGCUUACAAACUCCUGGUGCAGACCGGCAGCCGCGAUAAACCCAUUGACAUCAGUCAGUUGACUAAACGGCGCCUGGUGGAUGCAGAUGGCAUCAUCAAUCCCAGCGCUUUCUACAUCUACCUGACCGCAUGGGUCAGUAACGACCCCGUGGCUUAUGCCGCCUCCCAGGCCAACAUCCGGCCUCACCGUCCUGAGUGGGUCCACGACAAAGCUGACUACAUGCCAGAAACCAGGCUGAGAAUUCCAGCAGCAGAGCCCAUCGAAUACGCCCAGUUCCCUUUCUACCUCAACGGCCUGCGCGACACCUCAGACUUCGUGGAAGCGAUCGAAAAAGUCAGAGCCAUCUGUAACAACUACACGAGCCUGGGGCUCCCCAGCUACCCCAACGGCUACCCCUUCCUUUUCUGGGAGCAGUACAUUGGGCUCCGCCACUGGCUCCUGCUGUCCAUCAGCGUGGUGCUCGCCUGCACGUUUUUUGUGUGUGCUGUGUUCCUCCUGAACCCCUGGACGGCCGGGAUCAUUGUGACGGUCCUGGCUCUGAUGACGGUCGAACUCUUUGGCAUGAUGGGCCUCAUCGGGAUCAAGCUGAGUGCCGUGCCUGUGGUCAUCCUGAUUGCGUCCGUUGGCAUCGGGGUGGAGUUUACCGUUCAUGUUGCUCUGGCCUUUCUCACAGCCAUUGGCGAUAAGAACGGCAGGGCCGUGCUUGCCCUGGAGCACAUGUUCGCACCUGUUCUGGAUGGCGCUGUUUCUACUCUGCUGGGAGUGCUGAUGCUUGCGGGCUCGGAGUUUGAUUUCAUCGUCAGGUAUUUCUUUGCUGUCCUGGCAAUCCUAACAAUCCUGGGUGUUCUCAACGGGCUGGUUUUGCUUCCAGUCCUUUUGUCCUUCUUCGGACCGUAUCCUGAGGUGUCUCCAGCCAAUGGGAUGAACCGGCUGCCCACUCCUUCCCCAGAGCCGCCCCCUAGUGUGGUCCGGUUUGCCGUGCCCCCCAGUCAUGUGAACAACGGGUCAGAUUCCUCCGACUCCGAGUACAGUUCUCAGACGACGGUGUCGGGCCUCAGCGAGGAGCUUCGACAGUACGAGGCGCAGCAGGGCGCCGGGGGUGCUGCCCACCAAGUGAUCGUGGAAGCCACAGAAAACCCUGUGUUCGCCCGCUCCACGGUGGUCCAUCCAGAAGGGAGACAUCACCCGCCCUCGAACCCUCGACAGCAGCCCCACCUGGACUCAGGGUCCCUGCCACCCGGACGGCCAGGCCAGCAGCCCCGGAGGGAACCUCCCAGAGAAGGCUUGCGACCACCCCCCUACAGACCGCGCAGAGACGCUUUCGAAAUUUCUACUGAAGGGCAUUCUGGCCCUAGCAAUAGGGACCGCCUGGGCCCCCGGGGAUCCCGCUCUCACAACCCUCGGCACCCAGCGUUCACUGCCAUGGGCAGCUCGGUGCCCGGCUACUGCCAGCCCAUCACCACCGUGACGGCCUCAGCGUCUGUGACUGUUGCUGUGCAUCCUCCGCCCGCCCCUGGGCCCGGGCGGAACCCCCGAGGGGGCCUGUGCCCGGGCUACGAGGACUACCCCGAGAUGGACCCCGGGCUGUUUGAGGACCCCCACGUGCCUUUUAACGUCCGCUGUGAGAGGAGGGAUUCCAAGGUGGAGGUCAUAGAGCUGCAGGACGUGGAAUGUGAGGAGAGGCCCCGGGGCAGCGGCUCCAACUGAGGGUGAGUAAAAUCUGAAGCAAAGAGGCCAAAGAUUGGAACCCUCCCACCCACCCCCCCCACCCCCUCAGAACUGCUUGAAGAGAACUGCUUGGAGGUGGAUGUCCUGCACCAGGAUGGCAGUUCAACGUUACUGUAACCAAUUGUAUUAUUUUGUGAAAUAUUCCGAUAAAUAUUUAAGAGGUGUACACAUAUGUAAUAUACGGAGGAACAGAUGUAAAGUAGUGUGAUCUGGGGCUUCUUCACUCCUGCCCCCGAGUGGGCAGUGGGCAGGCCGCAGCAAGCCCCUCCCUAUUUGUACAUUGGUCUCUGUGCCACGACCAAGCUUAACUUAGUCUUAAAUUUCAGCAUAUGUUGCUGCUGCUUAAAUAUUGUAUAAUUUACCUGUAUAAUUCUAUGCAAAUAUGGCUUAUAUAAUAGGAUUAUUUUGUAAAGGUUUCUGUUUAAAAUAUUUUAAAGUUGCAUAUCACAACCCUGUGGUAGUAUUGAAAUGUUACUGUUAACUUUCAAACACGCUAUGCGUGAUAAUUUUGUUGUUGUUUAAUGAGCAGAUAUGAAGAAAGCACGUUAACCCCGGUGGCUUCUCUAGGUGUUAGUUGGAUGUGAUUCUUCUGUUCGGCUGUGUAUGUGAACGUGUGUGUGGUUUCCCAAUGUACUGUACUGUGAUUUUUUUUUUUUUUCCUGUUUUUGUUUCUUUCACUGUCUGUAAACCCUUCGUGGGCUCUGCCCUAGUCAGGCUCGAAGAGUCGGGAUACCGUUAUUGCCUGGUGCUGGUGGAGGGCUCGCCUGCCCUAAACAUCGCCUGUCCUUUUGCCAGACACGCUUCACAUCCAGGGCAUCUCUUAAGAUCAUGGGCCGCCAUCCAGAGGCCCCAGCUUGCGCCUCCGAGGAGAUGAGUUCCUUCAGGUGGAUCUUAAUGGUGGAGGUUGUUACCUCAGGGUACAGAGCUAACAUCUGUUCGCUUCAUUGUUCAAGCAUUGGAGAACAUGCCUCGUGGUGAGCCUCACGUGGGCCGUGAGCGUAUUAUGCAGCCUUCAUUAUACCUCUUGUGACACACACACACACACACACAC